CAGCCCCGCAUUCCGCGGACCCAGCUCCCAUUCUCCCGCAGCAGCCGCCCUCUCCGCUGCCCCCGCGAGCUCCAAGGAACCUGCGCCGCCACGCGCCGCGCGCCGCGCGCUCGGACUCGCGAUGCGAACCGCGCCGCUCGCCGCGCUCUGCCUCGCCGCGCUGCUCGGCACCGUCGUGGAGGCGCAGCCCAGCGGCAGCAGCAGCAGCGGCAGCAGCAGCAGCGGCAGCAGCAGCGGCAGCAGCAACGGCAACCCCGACUGGGACUCGGGGGGCGACGGGGAGUCGUCCGAGCCCAGCGCCGAGGAGACGCGCGCCCUGGCCGCGCUGCUGGCGCGCUCCCGCUGCGGGGACGAGGCGCUCUGCGUGCCGUGCUUCAACGACACGACGGGCGCGUGGGCGCCGCUCGGCCCCGCGGCGGGCGGCGUGAGUGGCGCUCACGCGGCGCUGCUGCUGCUGCACCUGCUGAGGGAGCCCGGCCGCGGCUGCGGGCCGGGACAGGGCGCCACCCUGCCGCUCGCCUUCCUCCUGGACGGCCUCGUGAGGGCCGCCGGCGGCGGCGGCGGCAGCAGCGGCAGCCUCUCCUCCUCGCAGACGCUGGGGCUGCUGGACUCCACGCGGAGCGGCUUCCCUCCCGCCACGCGCCUCUUCCAGAAGUGCAUGGACGCUGCCGCGCGGAGAGCGGUGCCGGCCCGGGCGGUGGAGGCAGGGCAGCUCGGGCGCGUGGCCGCGCUCUUCCUCGCCGGGGCGCACCGCUGCUUGAGGCACUCGCUCCUCGGCCCAGACUUCUUCCUCGACCACAUAUUCCGCACGCACAGCAGCGCGGCCGACGCCAUGACCGAGCAAGACCUGGCGGCCUUGCUCGAGCGCCUUCAUCUGGGCAAGACGGAGGAAGGUCACGGGGACCACGACGACGAGGAGCAGGCGCACCACCACGACGACGACGAGGAGGAGAAGCACCGCGGCCCCGAGGAGACGUGCUACAGCGCGCACGAGCUCUGCGACGUCUUCGACUUCAAUUCGAGCGGCGUCGUCCGGCGCAACUUCUCCGCGCUCGCCGUGGCCAUCGUCCAGCAGCUGCUGAGCGGGGCCUGCCGGGCCCACGGCGACCAGGAGGCGCCGGCGCCCGGCGCGCCCCCCACCACUGUGGAGAAGUAUGGGUAUGGAACCCUGGCGGUGCUGGUGGUGAGCCUUUCCUCCCUGAUGGGAGUCGCUGUCAUCCUGUUCACGUCGUGCCAGGAGACGUACCGAGUCAUCCUGCAGACGUUCAUCGCUCUGGCUGUGGGCACCCUCUCCGGAGAUGCCACCUUGCACCUGAUUCCCGAGAUGCUGGCCCUGCACGACCACGGUGACGGUCACGACCACGCCGAGGAGGACUUUGUCGAGAAAAACAGUCACGUGUGGAAGCUGAUGGCUCUCCUGGGAGGAAUCUACAUCUUCUUCUUGGUGGAGAAGAUCUUCCAUCUGCUGAUCGCUUCAUCUCAAGGGGACGGCGGCCAGGAACGCGAGCAGCAGCAGCAGCAGAACCACUGCGGACACUCGCACGACCUGGCGCUGCGCGACUCGUUCAGAGCCGGCAAGGCCGGACGCGGCACGGCCUCCACCACACGCCUCGACACGGAGGAAGAGGCCGACGUGACACCGACGUUGGCCGCGCUUCCGAAGCAUCGUGGCACGUUCAAAGGAAUGAGUUCCCUGGCCAUCAUGAUCCUGGUUGGCGACAGCAUCCACAACUUCGCCGACGGGCUCGCCAUGGGUGCUGCCUUCUCGGCCUCAAACCGCGCGGGCCUGACCACUUCGCUCGCCAUCUUCUUUCACGAGGUUCCUCACGAGAUAGGGGACUUUGCAGCGCUGCUGAACUCCGGGAUGAGAGUGUGUCCAGCCCUCGUCCUCAACUUCAUUAGUUCCCUCACGGCCUUCACGGGCCUCUACGUGGGCCUGUCCCUCUCCAAUGACACCAUCGUGCAGCAGUGGAUAUUUUCUGUAACCGCCGGAAUGUUCUACUACAUCUCUCUCGUCGACUUGAUGCCGGAGCUGAUGAAAGUCACCGGCAAAUUCCCGUGGGUGGUGUUUGCGCUGCAGAACGUGGGCCUGCUGGCAGGGUGGGCCAUCAUGGUGCUGCUGGCCAUCUUUGAGGAUCAAAUCUCUAUAUGAGACAUUUGGCACACGCGCACACGCCGUGAUGAGCUGGUGUGAGACAUGCACACACUCUCUGGUGAACACAAUCGUCUCGUGUAUGCUCACUCUUGCUCAGGACCAGCGUGUGGAUUUGAAUGCUUUAUAUUCAUGAUUGACGUACAGACACAAAUGGCUCAAUAUUACAAUCGUCCUGUUUAUGCACUGUAUCACAACAAAAGGGCUGUGGGAAAAUACUUACAAUCUUGAGAAUACUGUGAGAUACAUGGACACUAACUCUUUAUAUUGCAAUGUGGUGGUGGGCAAACUGGUUUUGAUUGUUAUGUUAUUAUUCAUUCACUUGUUUACUCAGUAAGCCUCGCUGAGUUUCAAGACUCUUUCAGAAUGGUCCUGCAAAGGUUUGCAGUAGGGGCCGAUUUUUACGUAAUCUGCUGGUAUUUUUGUCAGCAUCGGGAUGUUACAUUAUGGGGGUUGUUUUAAGCUCUGGGAGGAAACCAGAGAACUCGGAAGGAACCUUUGGAGAACACGGGAAGAACAAACAAACUCCAAAGAUAAUUGUCGCUUGGGAAUCGAAUCCAGGAGCCAAUUGCCGUUAGGCACUAACGUUACACUGUGCCACCCGGCCACCCUUUUGAAAUUGCCUCUCACGCACACACAUACACGGCAUGUGGCAGUGUGGCAAAGAGGGGUAACAUUUAUCUUGUGCUUGGAUUGCCUUUGGAAGAGCGAGAAAUCAGACCUGGAAUCUGGACGUAGAGAAUAGCACUGGGUUCGUGUCACUCAUAAAGCAGCCACGUGGGCCCAUGAAGACUUCCUUGGUGAAAUAAGGUUUUCCAUUUCUGUCAUACAGUUUCCCAGAUGAGUCAUCUCCCCCUCUCGCUCUAUUCCCAUGCCCCAAUGUAUCACAAUAUAUUGAUAAAGUAGCGUUUUUAAAAGUAUGAUUCAAUUACAACGAAUAGUUCCUCUGUUGCAUUGUGGGAAUCGUCAUCCACAGCAGAGAAACCCAUGCUGACAGAGCCCUGGACCAGGAAACGGAAUGACUCACUGAAGGACUCAGUUCAUUUCCAGUGUGAAUGAACGAGGCUAUAAUCUGUGUAAAGCACUAUGUGAAUGUGUUUUUUACUCGAUAUACAUUUUGUAUCUCUCAGAGCUGGUGGGAAAAAUAAAGUGCAAAAAUGACAGAA